CUGGGAAAGUGUGGAGCUGCAGCAGGCUGGUGUUCAUUGUGCUGCUGCUGCUCACAAUAGAAAACACACGGAGGAGUAAAAAUAGUUUCUCGCUCGGUCUGGAGUGAUGUUUCAAAAGCCUGCUGGGUCAUAAGGACUGGAGAAAUGUUACAGAGGUAGAACAUCUUCAACUGUUGGCUUUUUACCUUUUGCAUUAGGACAAGUAGAGUACCGUUCUUCCUCCUCCCUGUUAAAUGAGCGAUGAAGAAGAUGAUGAUCCAGGCCUCCUGUAGGAAAGGUCUGCAGGUGUGUUUCCUCAUACUGAUGGUGGGAAGACUACAGGGCAGGGUAACAGCACCAGAGCGACUGGAAGCUCCAGUGGAGAAGCCCUUCACUCUGACUUGCAGUGUUUCGAGGGACCGAGGUGAGACUCUGAGUCAGGUGCGUUGGCUGGAUGUCCAGAACCAGACCCUGCUGACCUACCAGCCCGGAAACAGAGACAGCGUGAGCGGACAGCAGUAUGUAGAGCUCGCCACCUCCCCGAAAGACACCUCGGCCAUCACCAUCCGCAGGGUGGGUUUCCGUGACGAAGGCUGCUACACCUGCAUCUUUGACAUGCACCCAUCCGGGUCGAAGCAGGGACAGACGUGCCUCACUGUUACCUCACGAGUCACCGUCGAAAGCAACAAGACAGCGGUGAGCGGCAAAAGGGCCUCCCUCUCGUGCUCCUACGGUUUGCCUGAAAAGGUGCAGCAGAUCAUAUGGAGACACACUUCUGCACAGGGAGACUCCACAGAGGUGGCCUCUUUUGCAAAGCGGAGCGACCCCAUGAUAGAGCCGCCGUUCCAGGGGAGAGUCUGGCUGAGUGCCUCCCUGUCCAACAGUGAGCUCACCAUCCAGCCUGUCGCUAUCCAGGACGAGGGCUGCUACACCUGCCUGUACAACACACAUCCCGACGGGCCCAAGACCUCCACAGUUUGCCUCACCACCUUUGUGCUGCCAAAACCUCAGGUGAGCUACAAGACCAUCUCUCCAGGUGUGAUCGAAGCCAACUGCACCUCUUUGUCACGCCCCCCGGCUGAGAUAGUGUGGAACGUGGAGAGGGAUAACCGCACCAUGGGCCCCCCUGUGACGACGCAGCUCCCACAGGGCGAUGGGACCACGCUGGUCAUCAGUACGCUGACCGUCCAAUCAGGGCUGCUGAAGGACGUGUCCAUCAAAUGCUUGGUGCACCACAAAGGGCUCGAGUCACCGAUUGCUGUAUCCAUGAACACUAAAAUUGGGACGGCUCUCACCAUCCUGAUCUCAGUCACUACAGUGGCCGCCCUGCUGGUCAUGUCCCUCUGCUUCUGCCUUUGGAAGUGUUUCUUGCGCAAAGAAGCUGAUUAAUCUCUCAGAUGAGACCAGAGGCUGAAAAGAAGAGGAGGUGCUUCUCAGAGCCAAUCUUGCAGAAUUGUUUCCCUGCAGCAUCAUCAUCAUCAUCAUCAUCAUCCUCAUCAUCUUGGAACAAAGGGACGAUGUUCUGUUACACCUCUAUAGGAUGUCAAAUACAAUCCUAUUGUGAACGCCAACUGUACGACGACAUUCAUCUCUGCUCUUCUGCCUCUGCAUCUGACUCUUAUAUAAGUAAGUCUCCAGGCUGUCCUCACAUGAAGUCAAUGAGGAAAUGUGGAGCGGAUCAUCUUUUUUCUCCCUGACUCUGUAAUUGAUUGAGUCGAUGGCCACACUCCCUACGACACACAGCAGAGUCACACAUGGCAAAUUAAAGUACAAUAUUGCAUGUCCUUAAAUGCUUUCCUCUGUUUGUCUCUAUCUUUUACCUGGUCAUUCAAGGAUAAGUCUGGGGAAAUUAUAUUUUUUCUUAUUCAACAAAUCUGUACUGUAGUUUGUGUAUUAAUCCACAGCUGAAAAUAGUCCCCAACAAAUGCGCUAUUAACCCCGGUUUGAGUAACAUCUGCUAAAAUCUACAGUGCCCAGCUGUUUUAGGAAAUUAUUUGGCCUUUUUUUCACGUUGAAAUAUGUUCAUGCCGUGCUUUUAAAGAUACACAACUUAGUUAGUUCCAGCAGCCAAACCAGUAUUAUAGGAAAGGACAAACAGUUCAACCUGACAUCAUGAAAAAGCAUGUAAUAGACCCGCCUGUCCACCAGAGGAUAGCGUGUCAGUGUCACGUUGUGCCUCGCCGAGGCGUGAGUAUUACACAUGUGUAUUAACGUGCAGUACCAGCAGGGAGCAACAAAACCUCUCACUUAGGUUUAGGCAGCAGAAUCGCUUAGUUAGGUUUAGAAAAAAACGUCAUGAUUGGGCUUGAAAAUAAGUGUGCAAAGUAAGUUAAAUAUGUACAGAAACAACGUAACAUCUCUACAGAAAACACGUCACAACCGUCAUUAACGUAACUUAGAAAACAAAACACCGGUCUCCUGGUUGAAAGUCUUGAGUUAGUUGGACCUACAGUAUACACCUCCCUUCUUUUUCCCCUUUUAUUCUACAUCAUUACAUUGCAGUCAGUACAGACUACAUGCCAUGAAAAUGACACGCCUAAAGCAAGAAUGUCAUUCUUAUUACACGCAUUUGCCUUGCCCAUUAUCGUGUCAUUCCCACGCCUUUGCGUGCGACCGGAGUGAACGCUUUGAUAAUUUCAGUAUUUAUAUUUUUUGACAAUAGUUAAAAUACAGAAUAUGGCCAGCCUGAUCCUUUAAAUAACAUAGCUAAUUGAAACUCUAAGCUCACCAUUAAGGUUUUACUUCUUCUUAUACCUCAGCCGAAGGCCUCCAUCACUUCUGUGUAUUGUUAAAGCUGGGUGGGGUCUUCAUUUUGUUCAACUAAGAGGGCUGCAUACUUAUGUCUUGUUUGUGUAAUAUCUAUUGCAAACUUUUCUACGUUUCAAAGUCUAUUUGUGUGUGUUGUGAGAGUGUGUGUGUGUGUGUGUGCAUAUUUGUCAGAGGUUAAAUUCCACGGUCAGAUCGCUUGAAUCAAUUCUCUGAGGAAGCAUUACUGAAACCUUUUUGGUGCCCCUGAAAGGAAUGCAUGUCUUGCUGCCUGUCUACAUUGUAGAGUCAGGAGAGUUGAUGUGUGUGUUGAGAUGUGAGUGAGAGUUUACAGGUCGGGGUGUGGAGAGUUGGCUCAGGGGUUUGGUUAAAUGCCCACAGGAGCCACGCUGUGUGUUCUUGGAAGAAAAAAAAAACUAAAACCUGCUCAUUUGUACAUGGCUCUGGAUCAAAGUGGCACCUAAAUGCCUAAAAUAUAAUGUUGUGUGGCUUUUUGGAUAUAUCUUGUCUUCAUGUGUACAGGGGUGUUUUAAAAAUGUAAGCUUCAUGCUGAAAUAAUCUUGUAUAUUAAAGCAUAUGAUAUGAAUCUGUCAGUUAUCAACAGAAUGACAUGCAGGUUAUCAGAUCUCACACGUAUUGCUUCAAUCGGGCACAUCACAUUCCUUGACAUUAAUGAAAGUUAAGGCAGCAUUCCUCCGUCUGUGUAAUGUAUCACCAUGAGCUCAGACGUUAGAAUAAUGUUUCAGAACAUUUGUUAUAAAUAAAAUGAAAUGUACCAUAGUAUCCAGCCCUGUAGCAACUACUGCCCCAUAAAAGAAGAAGUAAAUAUGAAAUGAUGCAUUAUGACCAACUAUGUAAAGUCGAUGGAAUGAAUGCAACAAAUAGAAUAAUAAAAAUAUAGAAAAUUAUACAUUUCUUGCAUCGCUACUCUUUCAGCUUUUUCAGCUCAGCUUUGUACCUCUUAGAAAAACAAAAUUCCUCACUGAUGUGCCAAACCUUGCUGCCAGAUGCUCAUUUUUUGGGGGGCUUUCUCAUCCCAAACCAGACAGAUUAUAAUGGAUCUCACAGAGCAACAAAAAAAAACACACAUGUUGUGCACACACAUUCACUCACAGAGCCU